AUGGUAGGAUAUGGACCACCCACAUUUAGUGGUAGAGCUGGAGAAGAUCCUGAAGACUUUAUUAGAGAAUUUAAAAGAUAUAUAUUAGCUAGUCGAAUUGAUAUUACAAAUCUUGAUAAUAUUCUUGACAAUACUGGAACAGCGACUAUAACAGCUUUUCGAGCAUUAAAUAAUGGUGCCUUAACUGGUAUUAACGCUAACCAAUUUCGUGGACAAGCUUUGGUAGUGCGAAAUAAUACUGGUGGUGAUAAUACAAUCAUGGGAGCUAAUAUAAUUCCUGCAGGAGUUUGGGAUAAAGAUUGGUCAAUUGCCGGUGGCCAUCCUGCUCCAGCUGGAACUGCGGUUGUAGCACCAAAUGUUAAUGGAGGAGGAAAUGCUAAUGUAGUACUUCCAGGCAUGACAAUUGGACAAAAACUAUAUGAACUUCGAUAUAACUAUAUAACAACUAAUGCAUUAAAACAAUCUGCCAUGUUUGGUACAAUUGUACAAGGUACUAUGUCUGUUCAACAAUUUGUAUCAAAGUUACAGAGAAUUGGAAAACUUGCUAGAAUGACUCCCGAACAAAUUCGUGAGCAAUGGUUAAGAGAAUUAUCACCAAUGAAUCAAUAUACUCUUCGAUCCAGUGGUAUGUUUUUUCAAACAAUGGAUAACCAGCUUAGAAAUUUGGCAGAACUUGAAGCAUAUACAUUUAGUCAAAACAAUGCAUCCCAACAACAAAACUGGCAAGGACAAAAUCCUAUUUCAGAGAAAUUGCCCAUAAAAUUUACACCUACAUCUGCAUCUCAUCCACGCCAACGCAAAGCUACAGGAGUUGCAGAAUUUACUAUAGAUGAGAAUGGAAAUCCAAUAUCUCGUGCCAGACCAAAAAAAAUUCCACCAAAAGUACCAUCAAAAGCUAUGGAGGAAAUUCUUGCCUAUAAUCAAUUAAAACUUAUACAAGAUGCUGGUUAUUCUGACUUUGAUGAAUUUUUUAAAGCUCGUGAUAAUUAUUUUAGAUCAAAAGCUUGCUUAUCCAAUAAACCACAAGUUUCUCCCAAGCCAAAAACAUUAACUAAGAUUCAGCAGAAGCAAAUUGAUAUCCAAAAUUCUGAAAUGCUAAGUGACAUGGCAUCUAGGUGGUCUCUCAAUGAUCCAGUAUCAAAUCUUGCUGAGUAUAAUGAGGACAACUAUGAAGAUGAUGAGGAUAAUAGCUGUGAAUAUAACAAAAAUGAGAUUGAGAAUGGGGAGGAAUAUUAUGAUGAUAACAAUUCGGCUUUCUAUGAAAACAAUUAUGAAAAUUUUGCCUAUAAUGCUGAGAAAUCUCCACGUACAAAUUCUCGAUAUUCUCCUAUAAAAAAAAAACUAAUACAUGGUUCUAUAAGUACUACUUCCUCAAAUCAAAGUUUAAAGCCAGCUGUCUCUGCUUCUUUGGCAAAUAAAGCAGUUGCAGGAAUGACUACACAGAUACAUAUUACAGAUCUUUUAAAAAUGGUAUCUCCUGCUAUGCGUAUUGAACUCCGAAAAGCUUUUAUAGAAAAAGAAGACACUUUAUCUGAACCCAUGCAGAUAGCUAAUUUUACUGAACAAGGAUUCAAAAUAUCACAAGCUACUGUAGCUUAUAUUGCUGGUGAUAUUGAUGGUGUGAAAUUUGAUAAAGGUAUUCUUGAUACAGGAUCAAAUAUUGAUUUGAUUGAUGGCGAUUUCUUUGAUUCUCUUGGUUUUGUCAUUGAUCAAAAAGCCCGAUAUAUGAUUAAAGGUGCUGGUAUGAAAACACUUCCAAUCGGUAAGAAAAAGGGUAUUCCUGUUACUAUUGGUAAUGUAACUAAUGAAGGUAACUUUUUGGUAAUCAAAAAUUUAGGUCAUCCUAUUGUACUUGGAAUGCCUUGGAUUAAGCAAGUUGGUGGUAUUAUAGAUACUAAUAAAGACUAA